GUGUUGUCACGUUUCUGUUGUUGCUACGGAGUGUCUCUUGCUGAACUAUGUCCACGGUUAAUUCUUUUACUUGAUGUUAAACGUUUUAGCACCGUCAUGGAUGUUGAAUUACAAGCUAUAUGCAGUGCCCUCGGUUACCAGGAAGGAUCGAAGUACUUAAAGGAACCGGAUUGUCUGGAAUCGGUAAAAGAUCUGAUACGGUGUUUGAGACGGGACGACGAUACGUGUUCGAUUCGUCGCCAGCUGGGACAUGCAGAAAUUGUACAAAGCGACUUGCUACCUUUGAUCAAAGAAUACAAGUCCGAUCGCAAUCUCUUCGAGACUGUCAUACGACUGCUACUUAAUCUUACGCAGCCGGCACGUCUUUGUUUUGGGGACCAAAUUCCCGAAGAUAAAGUUCUGAGGAACUACUACAUGGAAGUCGAAAGCAUUCUGAGGAACUACAAAAAGGCCUUCGUCGACGAUGUGCUUUUCGCUGUACUCACCGAGAAAUUAACGGACUUAUUGAAACUUGACUGGGAACACAGACACGAAGAGGACCGGGUGUUGAUUGAAAGGCUGUUGAUCCUGGUACGGAAUGUCCUUCAUGUUCAGCCAGAUGCCAACGAAGAGAAGAGAACGGACGACGAUGCCAGCAUCCACGACCAAGUGCUAUGGUCGUUACACGUUAGCGGUAUGGAAGAUUUACUCCUCUAUGUGUCUAAUUCUGCUGAUGAAAGACAGUACUGCAUGCAUACUUUGGAGAUUGUAACCCUGAUGUUUCGUCAACAAACACCCGCCUUGCUCGCUUCGGCCGGUGUCCAACGAGCGAUCAGCGAAAAAGAAAAAGAUGUGAAAGAAUUGGAAAUUAUUCGUGAACAGGAACGAAUUGCUAAAAAAGAACGAACUCGGUUGACGAGUACAAGACAUUCUCGGUUCGGUGGCACUUUCCUACUUAAGAAUGUCCAGUCGAUUAGCGACAGAGAAGUCAUCUUUCACAGAUCCCUGGAUAAAGCAGGUAACCAUUCUUUUGAUAUUACUAAAAAAUCUCGUAAAACCCCCAAAAACCGCGCCCCCAUCAAACAAGUCGAUGUCGUUCGCAGAUCGACUCUGAGUAUUCGCCUGUGCCUAAAAGAAUUCUGCGUCCAGUUCUUGGAGAACUGCUACAACCCCCUUAUGUCUGCGGUGAAAGAUAAUUUGGUGCGUGAGGUGGCUCAAGAUCAUGAUGAAACCUAUUAUUUGUGGGCCUUGCGAUUUUUCAUGGAAUUUUGUCGUUUGCACAGCCAACAGGUUGAACUAAUUAGUGAAACUCUGUCAGUGUCUGCCUUUCAUUACAUCCAGGUGAAUCUUUUAAAUUAUUAUGAAAUGAUAACCACAGAUAAGAAAGAGGCCAAAGUUUGGGCGAAACGAGUGCAUCUCGCUCUGAAGGCUUAUCAAGAACUUUUAAUGACCCUUCAUUCUAUGGAAACAUCCAAAAACAAGCACCUUGUAUCAAGUGCUAAGGUCUUAAAGGGUAAUAUUUUCUACAUGAUGGAAUUUCGCGAUAUAUUCGUGGUUCUGUUAAGUAAGUUCAAUCACAGCAAACAUUCUACCUCUUAUUUGACAGACUUGGUGCAUGCAACUCAUCUGUUCUUGAAAAUGUUGGAGAUUUCCCAGAAAUCAAACCGAUGUAUUGUGGUUCAAAAAAAGAAGAAAACCUCACGGAGAUCUAAGAGCUCUCGGAAUAAUAAAAACGAUACUGGCACAAGAUCGCAAUUAUCUGAAGAAGAACUUCUUAAUCUGUGGGACGAUGUUUCUAGUGAAGUUUCUGCCGUUUUGAGUGGAGAGAAUGAAAUGAGCGAAGGGGUUCUGCCGUUCGAUGCCGCUUCAGAAGUUGACAUUGAUCAACAGCGAGCAGACACAAUGGUACGUAUCCAGACCUGCCUUCGAUCCAAAAAUGCUUCAGAAGCUGUGGCCCUUCUCCGUGCAGCCCGGGAGGUUUGGCCUGAUAACAACGAAUUCGGCAGCGCUGAAAUGAGUCCUGAAGAUGAAUUCUUGGCCCUAAGAGAAGUAUUUAUGGCAAAUUUAUCUCAGAACAGUGAAAACAUGGCUGCUACUGUGCCUGAAGAAUUCGAAGAACAGGAAGAUGAGAUCGUCGAAGAGGAAAUGUCUUCCAUUGUUACCAGUGAAGAAGAACUCAAUACUCGAGAUUUUAUUGCUAAAUUUGCCAAACCUGCGAUUCUCCAAAGUUACACCACCCUCCUUGCUAACUUCAAAAACAAUUCAACCCAUACAAACCACUGCAUCAUCAAAAUGUUCCAUCGUAUUGCUGUCGAUCUCCACCAGGAGGGCAUGUUUUUCCAAGCCAGUAUCUUUUGCAUCUUCAGAGAAGUGUUUGUUCUGUCCAAAGUGAAGCAUUUUCAGGAAAUAGUGAAAUUUGGUGUGUUCAUUGUCCAGAAAUUCUUGGUUGUCGCUGAGAAGAACAAAAAAGUUUUCAUGGAAAUGUUAUUCUGGAAAACGGCCCGGGAAGCUGGAGAACUUUCCGGAGAUUACUUUAAUCCAAGCAAAAAUAUCAAACAAGUUUGGACUGAGGACCAGGAAAUAGAGCUAAGAAGGUUGUUUGAUGAAGCGAAAGAAGAUCCUGAGAAGGACAUUGUGGGUCAUAUCAUGGCACAUUUAACGGACGAGACGAAAUCUCGUGGUCAAGUUCUGCGCCAGCUGAGAAUCAGUGGCUUGAUUGAAUCUGCUAAAGAUUUGAAACGGAAACAACCUCCGUCAACCAACAGUAACAGGGCGCCGUGGACCGAAGAGCAAGAAACGGAACUCCGAGAGGUUUUCGAACGGUUUCGAGGGUCCGAUGACCCACUUGGUAACGUCAUGCAGAAUUUGUCUUUUACUAAACCCAAGAAUAAAAUCAAAGAUAAACUUUUUGGUUUGGAUAUCAUCCAGGAUAAGAAGGAACUUUAUAAGAAAAGAUCGAGGAAGAAGAAAGAGGGGCGAAUGGACGGGAGUGGGGAGAGUGGAAAUAACAGUGAUUCAAAUGAUGAUGAUGAUGAUGAUGGUGGUGUUCAAGAGGGUCAUGUGAUGGCUUCCCAUUCUGAUUCCUCUGGAGAGGAAAGUGAUGAAGUCGAAGAAACUCGUGAUGUUGAGGAACAACCUAGCAACAGCGAUGACCUACCUAGCACUGAUAUUGAUGAUGUUUUGAAAUGUUUGGUGAGCCAUAACUACAAGGGUCCCGUCAGCUGGAUCCAGAGGUCAUUGCGAAGAACUGCUGAAGACAGACAGACACCGGGUACCUAUAUUGGUGUACCUGUGGUACCACUUACUGAAGAAAAUGAGGACGCUAUGGAAGACCCUAUAUUUCUUGACUUCCUGUUGCUGAUUGGCCUCUCCAGGCCUUCCACUGGUCAAGAGGCUUUCUGGCGUAUCCCUGGAGAUUUGGAUGGUUCCACGUUGACCAUGAUUGCGGAUGGCUUGAAUCUAGAUGAGAACGGUCAGCCUGCAAAUACAGCAGAACUGAAGACAUGGUUGAUGGCUCGGUCAUUGAAGUCAAAGACGGGUAAAAAGCAAAAUAAAUCGAAGAAAGGGAGAUCGAAACCCUCUGAAAAUAAUGGUAAAAGGAAGAAAGCGCUAAUGGCACUGCAGAAAAAACAAGCAAAAGAUAAAGAAACUAAAGGAAAGAAGAAACUAAAAUCCCAAAAAAGCAAUGACGAAGAUAAGAAAAUAUCAAAAAAGCAACGACGAACAAAGAAGAAAAAUAUUCUUGAAGACUCCGAAGAAGAAAUUGGUGAUUCCGACUCUCAACCAAAUGUUUCUGGGAGUAAUUCUCCAAAGUUUUCUAAACAAAGAAAUUCGAAAGAGAAUAAAAAAAAGAAGAGGAGGAGAAUUGAGUUUGAGAACAGCAGUGAUGAGGAUGGUGUAGAAGAUGGAUCUGUGAGUGAUGCACGGAACGGAUCCAUCCAAAUUGAUACUGGGGAUGAGAGUGGCGAUGAGCCUCUUAUUUCUCAAGUAAAAUCUAAACAAAAUGCUGAUGAUGAUAGUGAUGUGCCUCUUAAUUCUCUGCCAGCAUCCAAGAAGAGAAUUAACCAAGAUUUUAAUGCCAACUGUUCAAAGAGAAAAGAAACUCCUUUAGCGAGGUUCAAUUCUUCGGACAGUGACAGUGAAGAUGGUCGGUUGGUUAUCGAAACGGAGUUGGAUAACUUUGAGAGUGUUGGAACCUCCGACAAGAAGAAGAAGAAGCGUUUAUUGAGUGAUAGCAGUGAUGAGGAUGAGGGAAGUCCUAAUGUGAGCACUGUGGACCUUCAACGAGAAAGCGAUGAUGUUUCUCUUAAUAAGGAAGCGAAGGACCCUCAGCUUGCAGGACCCAGUUUUUUGAAGAAAAAGAAAAAACGACAGAAGCUGAUAGACUCUGAGAGCAGUGAUGAUGGCCACGGUGGAAAGGCUGUGGAGGAGUUGGAUGACUCUGUAGCAGAGAGAAAAACGGUAAAUGGAAGGAAACAGCAUAAAAUUCCAAUAUUGGAGAGCUCUGAUGAUGAUUCAGGUGAUGAAGAUAAGGAAAAUCAGGAAAUUUGUUCCACCAAAGAAUCGAACCAAAAACAGGAUGAGGUUGAUUUGUUCGACAAAGCUAAAAAUGUCCAGACCCAAAAAUAUAUAAAACAAAAUCCAAAUAUUAUCAACAACAACAGCAACAACACAGUUGAUACUUUCCCGGCCACUUUGUUGUCCUUACCAAAUAUGGAACCGGACACCAAUGUCUUUGAUGACCAUAUACCACUUGUUACUGCCAUUCGCAGGAAACGUGUUCUUAGCAGUGACGAUGAGAAUGAUUAAAGUUGACUUUCCAAAUCUUUCUUGGAGUAAAAGCAAUUAAGUAACCAUUCCCCAAACCACAUUUUCUUCAUUUGGCAUCUUCUGUGACUCAAAAGCUCAAAGAAUGUCUAACAGGAAAUUAUCAUUAUUAUUUUUAUAUUUAUGGAGAGUCAGCGAGUCAGCAUCACAUAUAUAUAUAUAUAUAUAUAUUUCUUUUUGGAUUUGGUUUGUAAGAUUCUUUAUGUGAGUUCGUGUGUUGAA